AUGACUAAACCUAAACCUAAUGGAUCGGUUCGCAUUAUCCUCAACCUCAGCUCACCACUCGGCAACUGUGUUAACGAGGGCAUAAACACGAACCAGUUCCCUACUGUCAUGUCUUCAACUACCAAAUGGCUAAGAGCUUUACAUUUAGCCGGUCGUGGAGCAAAAAUGUGUAAAAUUGAUUGGGCUGAUGCCUAUAAACACAUAGCUGUCAGUCAAACAGAUUCUAACCUGCAAUGGUUCACUUGGCUUGGUAUGGGAUUCAAAGAACUAUGCCUAAUAUUCGGCUGUGCAAGCAGCGCCGGCAUCUUUGACAGAUUAGCUAAACUUGUUGUACAUAUUGUCGCCACUAAAUCCCGAUUCCCGACCAAUAGAAUAUGUCAACACUUAGAUGACUGCUGUGCUACAGCCCCAGCCAAUUCUGAAGCUCUAGAAGUUUUUGAUAAUACUUUCACAGCCAUAGCCUCCCAAAUCGGUGUAAAACUUGCACCACGUGAUGACCCUGAGAAAUCCUUUGCACCCAAUACCAAAGGGCUCGUGCUUGGUAUUGUUUACAAUACCAUAGACUGGACAUGGGCCCUAAACAGCGAAAAGCUAGCGCGCCUGCUAAAUGAUAUCAAACUACUACUAGAUGCACAGUCUACACAACAAGUUAAAAUCUGGAGCAUUGUAGGCAAAAUCAUUAAUAUUCAGCCUCUUAUCCCGGAGGGCAGAUUUAAUCUCUACCACCUCUUGGAGUUGAACUCCCUUUCUACAAAUAAAACUGAUGUCAUCAUCCUAACCGCCAAUUUCAAAAAGCAAUUAUUCUUCUGGUUCACUAUGAUCAAAUUAUGCUCAGGUAGGGGCAAACUUAUUGAUCCUGAUCUUAAGCUCCCCCCAUGGUCUAUUGAAGUCUUUACUGAUGCUGCUGGCGGCUCCAUGGAACGAGCUGGCCUCGGUGUUGGAGCUGUGGCUAAUAGUUGGUGGGCUUACUUACCUUGGUCUAGGGUAAUUAACCUCAAUAAGAAACAAUCAGAUGGUAAAUGCAUUGGCAGAUCCAUGGCUGCCCUUGAACUUAUCGGCCCACUUCUUGCAAUUUCUAGUGGUUAUGCCUGGACCAAAAAUCAACCAAUAAUUUUCUGGGUUGACAAUGCCGCCUCAGUAUUUAUCUACAAGAAAGGCUACAGUAGAUCCUGCAAACUCUCCACUACCAUAACCCUAGCCAUUUCCAGUAUAGCCUCUGGUCUUGGAAGCAGUAUUCAAAUAUCCAAAAUUCUCCGAUGUUCUACUCCCCUCGCCACUAUGGCUGAUGCACUUUCAAAAGCAGACUUCACCAAAUUUUGGUCCCUUGCUUCACAACUAGACCUAAACCUGCCUGUAAGCCAAGCUUGGGUUUCACCCGCCCUACUAGCUUGGAUCCAACACCCUAUCCCAGAUGAAUCACUGGGUGACAAAAUCCUCUCAGACAUUGCUAAACGCUCCCUCGUUCUUGGCUUCAACUGCUAA